AUCAUCAUCCUUGCAAAUGCGCUCUACUUUAAAGGGGUUUGGGCUGAAAAGUUUGAAGAAAGAUACACAAAAGAUAGAGAUUUCUACCUCAUGAACGGAUCAUCUAUCCAAGUACCUUUUAUGAGUAGCGCUCAAAGGCAGUAUGUCAAAGCAUUCGAUGAUUUCAAAAUCCUGAGUCUACCGUACAAGCAAGGUAAGGAUAUGAGGCGGCGAUUCUCCAUGUAUUUCGUCUUGCCUAAUGCAAAGAAUGGUCUACCAUCACUCAUAGACAUGAUGGCUAAAGAAUCCCAAUUUCUUGAGCGCCACGCCCCGAGGAUUCCGGUUGAUGUGGGCGAGUUUCGCAUACCGAAAUUCAAAAUAACUUUCGACUUUGAUGCUGUACACGUUUUAGAUGAUCUCGGGGUGCAAUUUUCCCGUGCUGGUCUAGGCGAAAUGGUGGUAGACCCGAGGGAGAGCCCCUUUGUUUCAAGCAUCAUCCACAAGUGUGUUGUUGAUGUCAAUGAGAAGGGAACAGAAGCUGCUGCAGUUACUGUGGUAAUGGGAGGUUUUGGAUGUGGAAUUUCUAUGGUUGAGGAAGAGAAAAUUGACUUUGUAGCUGACCAUCCCUUUGCCUUCUUCAUCCGGGAGGAUGUCUCCGGGCUUGUUGUCUUUGUUGGCACUGUGGUUAAUCCUUUACUUCCAUGAAGUCCAUGGCGGUUGAUGUUUAAUUUAGUUUCCGCAAUUCGCUAUUACACGCAUGUUUAAUUACUUUCAAGUGUUAUAGAAUAUAUUAGAGAUUUGCAACUAUAUUUUGGUUUUCUUUUUCUAUUGAAUGUCGGAAUAAUUAAAGGAUUUACACUUUUAAUUAGUUUGAUGUAAAGCUAGAUUUGUUGUUGGUUGAGAC